AUGUUUACCAUGCUAAGGUACAGCCCCGAGAGCGACCUAUUGCACGAGCGCUGCGAUAGGCCCCCCAAGACCGCAUCCACGGGCAUUCUGCGCCUUGCAUGCAUGUACUGCAGGGCCAAAAAGGUAUCUCGCCCUGGCUUCCAGCCCCCAGCUGUUGAUUCUGACACUUCGAAGCUCAGAUGCAGCGGGGACAAGCCAUCGUGCCAGCGUUGCGUCUCGAAGCGCUUAGACUGCACGUAUCCCACGAGAGGAGCCCGUUCGGGGGGCGCGAGGAAGGACGCGGUGCAUAGAGAAGAGCAGAAACCCGUUGCAGUCGACCAGAACUGCAGCCCGAAUAAAGGCUCCACGCCGGAUAGCACGGCGCGUUCCAACGACUUCUGGAAUCAUUCGACAUUCUCAGAGUGCGACACCUCGCAGGACACCUUUCCGACCACCGUAGAUGAGAACCAGCUCUUUGACGCCGUGCUGGCUUCGGAUAACGACUCCUUCAGGGAGGCCAGCCCCAGUAAAGCCGCGGCUUCCAAGCCUCCGGGUCCGGGCAGCGACAGCCCGAAGGCCACCUUGGGCGCCUCAAUGAACGAUGAGGUUGUCUGCAGCGCGUCGUCUCGACCCGGGGACGAAGCAGUUGCAGAAGGGACUGGCACACGCGAAGCAGUACCGCAGGGCCCGAGCGCCGAGGAAGCAGCAGAGGAAGGUGACCUUGAUCUCUACAUCUCAACUUGGGAAUCGCUUAUCGGUUGGGACGACAGCGCACUCGCGGAUGCCUGGCUCGUAGAGGGCUCUGCUCCACCGGGUUCGGGCGUACUGGCAGUCCCGCAGCACAGCACCAACACCAGCACCGAUGUAUCGCGGCCGUCAAGCGUUGCGAGCACGAGCUGCAAUUGCAUCAUCCGGGCCAUCGCCUCGGUCGAGAAGUUCGAGCCGUCUGACACGGCGGCGCCGACCGAAACCACCUUGGCGGCGUACAAGACGGCCAUCGUUGACUGUGAGAAACUGCUAUCCUGCGCCCACUGCCACGCCUCGACGUCGGCAACCAUGCUGGUCAUCAUGGUCUCUGACAAGCUCAUCGCCUCGCACCAGCGGCUGUACGCGCGCGGCAGCGGCCCGUGGACGUCCGAGUCGCCCGCGGACCAAGCCCCGUUCGACGACGGCGCGGCGGGCGCAGCCGCAGCCGCAGCCGCAACCGCAGCUGCAGCCGCAGCAGAUGGCGGCGACCAGCAGCCUCCGCGGCGCAUGUCUCUCGGCGAGUACCCGAUCGACUGCGAGCGGGAGUGGGGGCACAUCAUGGAGCUGCUCAUCUACCUCCAGCUCACGCGCAUCCGGGAUCUGCUCGAGCGGCUGCGCGUGCGGGUGCUGUCCACCGACGAUCAGCUGCAGACGCAAAUCAUCCAGCAGCAGGAGGCGCGUCUGCGGCACAUCAUAGCCCAUUUCCAGAGGACGGCGAAGAUUUUCAUCCCAUGA